AUGCUGGACCUGAAGAGGACUUCAACGAAGAAGAGCUCUGCAGGAGAAGUUAUUGCUCCACAUGGCACAAAUUAUGCUCCCAGACACGGCGAAAGCGCAUCUGCAGUCGAUGAAGUGGAGGAUGCUGUGAGCAAGUGUAUAAAGUUAAGGAUUCUGUGUGCAAAUGGAGGAACCUGUUCACAAGUCUAUGAUGUGGAGGAUCCUACAGUCAAAUCGAUGAAGUGA